AAAUAUUGGGUCAGUAAUUCUGAAUGUGACUAUGAUAUAUAUAUGUUCUUGUGGCUGCCUGCCUAUCUUCUGUUUUAUUGCAUGUGGGUUUUCACAAUAUAUAGAUACAUAUACAUAUAUAUAAGGCCCUUUUGGAAACAUAUAUAGUGUAGUUUGGUUUCAUUUUUCUUUCAGUUACAUUUUAUAGUUACAAAUUAGUUAGUAAUUAAGUAUAUAUAUAUAUUAAUAAUUUGUAAUUAAUAAUAAUAAUGGCUCAUUUACCACCAAAAGUGCCAAGCAGCAUGACUCCCCAAAACAACUGGCCGGAUUUUUGCCACCAAAAAUUGGAGAAUUUGGCAAUCAAUAAUCAAACCGUCGUCGGCCCGUCGUGGGUCGACGAUUUUCUCGACUUCUCGUCGGCCAAGCGGUCCCACAGGAGGUCGAUGAGCGACUCCAUCGCCUUCCUGGAGGCCCCCAUGGCCGAGGAGUGCCGCCGAUCCUCCUCCUCCUCCUCCUUCAUGAUGCCACCUGGCGGCGGCGGCGGUUGUGGCGGAGAUGCAAAUAAUAAUAAUAACGGAGGCAACUUCGAUAGGUUUGACGACGAACAGCUAAUGUCGAUGUUUGCGGAUGACGAGGUUGGACCCAAUAUUAAUGUACUGUCGUGCUCGAACCCUUCCUCGCCGUCGGAUCACAACAGCAUCAACGACGAGCAUGAUCAGAAGCAUGCCACGUCGUCGUCGUCGUCGCUUCACCCGCCUAAGUGCGAGCCCGCAGAUCACGAUGCCGCUCGCUCCGAGAUAGGGUUCUAUAAACAUGACAUCAACUCCGAUUGUUUCUCCAAAGAAAAGAUCGUUGUCCCUAAAAGGAUCAAGAGAAUUUUGGCGAACAGGCAAUCUGCGCAAAGGUCGAGAGUGAGGAAACUGCAGUACAUAUCUGAGUUAGAACGAAGUGUUUCUUCACUUCAAGGUGAAGUAUCAGUGUUAUCGCCAAGGGUAGCUUUUCUGGACCACCAGCGUUUGGUACUAAAUGUAGAUAACAGUGUUCUCAAGCAAAGAAUUGCAGCUUUGGCUCAGGAUAAACUUUUCAAAGACGCUCAUCAAGAAGCAUUGAAGAGGGAAAUAGAGAGGCUGAGGCAAAUAUACUACCAACAAAACAUGAAGAAGAUGGAAAACGGUAACGGCUCAAAAUCGCCACCACGUGUUUCCGAUACUAACUGCUCUGCUGAGAUGGAGCAACUCGCAGUCAAUUGAUCACGGCGACGUACAAUUUUAUAAUUAUUCUCAGGAAUCUUGCGAAUUCAUUUGCUGUGGAUCAGAUUGUAGGGCCAUUGCCUUUCUUUUUAUGGGCACAAUUUUUUUUUUAUAAUU